GCAAAGCGGUUUGUGGGGAAAGUUGCAAAGAGCAGUCAGGGAGCUGUUGCUGAGGGCAGGUAGAGCUGGGGCGGGUUAAAGGUCAUAGUGUAGCGAAAGGGGCCUCUUGCUGCUGCUAAAUCUUGUUUCCGACAUGGCAGUUACUGAGGUCGUGGUGGUGGGAUCCUGCAUGACUGAUCUGGUGAGAGCAAAUCCCAAAGAUGUGAUUCUAUAUCAUAUGUCCUCUGCACAGUGUUUUUCUCUGGUAGCUGUCAAAUGUGAAUAUAAUCACCUGCCCUAGCCACAAUUUGGAAAUGGAUGGACAAUGGGCAUCAAAGAUAUUUCUUACCACACGUCUGCCGAAAGCUGGAGAGACCAUUCAUGGUCAUCGGUUUUUCACUGGAUUUGGGGGUAAAGGUGCCAACCAGUGUAUCCAGGCUGCUCGACUUGGGGCUAAAACCUCAAUGAUCUGCAAGGUUGGAAAGGAUUCAUUUGGUAAAGAUUAUAUUGAAAACUUCAAGAAAAAUGGGAUUACUACAGAAUUUGUAGGCCAAACAGAGGAUGCUGCAACUGGAGCUGCUUCAAUUGUCGUCAAUAGUGAAGGGCAAAACUUUAUUGUCAUUGUUGCGGGAGCAAAUUUGCUUCUGAGUUCUGAUGACUUAAAGAGGGCUGCUCAUGUCAUCUCUGAAGCCAAAGUAAUGGUCUGCCAACUGGAAGUAACCCCGGCUAUUUCUCUGGAAGCCCUGAAAAUAGCACACACCAGCGGAGUGAAGACUUUAUUUAAUCCUGCUCCAGCUCUUGCUGACUUAGAUCCACAAUUUUAUACCCAUUCUGACAUCAUCUGCUGCAACGAAAGUGAGGCAGAAAUUCUAACAGGAAUUGCCGUUGGUAAUGCCGAAGACGCUGGUCGUGUGGGAUUAAUCUUGUUAGAGCGAGGCUGUAAGACUGCCAUUGUAACCUUGGGCCCAGACGGUUGUGUGAUGGUUUCCACAAAGGAACCUGUCCCGAAACACGUCCCAGCUAAGAAGGUCACGGCUGUGGACACCACGGGAGCCGGUGAUAGUUUUGUGGGAGCACUGGCUUACUACUUAGCCUACUAUCCCAGUCUGCCUCUAGAGGAAAUACUGAUGAAGAGUAACUUCAUUGCAUCCAUUAGCGUACAAGCAACAGGGACACAGGCCUCUUAUCCCUACAGAAAAGAUCUGCCACAAGAACUAUUCUAAGCUGUAAUCUCUACCUUGUCAAAACAGCGGGUACUGCUUUUUCUCUUCGUUCAAGUAAGGGAAUUCUUGUGAUUAGCUAAGGUUUUUAACAAAUGCCUUGUAAUUGAGUGCUAGCCCCACAGUGUCUCACUCAGUGUAAUGUCACUCUGGGACAUAGCAAAAAAAUAGCAUCAGCACUUCAUAUUAAAAUUAAUGAAUGAGACACUCUCAUUCAACUAAGGGAAAAAUGAAAUGAGAUUGUUUGUUUUGAUGCUGUAAUUA